AUGGCGUGUGUCGUGAAGAGCAGGUUCACUUUCAUCCAGGUGGAGGAGCGCACGCCUUCUCCGACCCGCUCGAAAAGUGUUCCACCGAGAUUGAAGGUGGAAGCGGAAAGCAGCCAGGACAAGUACCUCGCAGAAGUGUUGGGGCACGCAGCAAAUUUGCAACCAUUGCCCCCGCCUCCAGCUUUGACGCCACCUUUGCCAGUCCUCCUUGCCGAAGUGCCCGAGACGCAAGCUCCUCAAGGAGUGGCUGAUCAACGUGUUCCCGGCAGCUUGGGUCAUCCCGAGUUUUGCUGCAGGCCCUGCGUGCUCUAUUUGCGUGGGAACUGUCAAGCUGGUUGGGGUUGUCUCCACUGCCAUCACGGGGAGCAUCGCGAUGUGUUUCGCCCGACGAAGCGUCUUCGGGAGAAGUUGCGUCGAUUGAACGUUCCAAGCAAGCUUCUCCUCUUGCGCCACUGCUUAGAGGUCAAAGCCGCCGGAAUGCCGCUUGGGUUUCCUUCUAUUCAAGCACUGCGCAACGUCAUUGAAGACGCCUGGGCCGUUGCAGACCAGCAGGCAGCCACGGAUGUGAGCUCGCUCCAGACGCAACUGUCGGCAUUGCCUGUAAGUGCAUUGCUCGGCAACCAGGUGAUCGGUAGCUUUAGUCCCGAACUUUAUAACUCGAUUCAGCAGGAGUUUAAUUUGCUCAAGUUGGCCAGUCCAGCGCCGUUAUGA